GGAGGAAAGGGUAAAGUGAGAAUCCAGAAACAAUAUGGAAAAUGGAAAUACAGUAGAAGAAGGGCCAAUUUUCUGGCACUUCGCAUUAGCUACACCAAUCGAUUUUUUUCCUCUUCUCCCCUCCGUCGCUCCUUCUUCAUCAAUCCCACAAUCCCUAACUCCAAUAUAAGCUCUCCGUCGCCGUCUUUCGACUCCGGCGGCUUCGCCCUGGCUGCCGGUACAUAGCCCCUGGCUCGGAACUGCUGUACCUUCUCGCCAUGAAAAUCGUCAGGCGAGAUUACACACACAACGGCCCGGGUAGCGUCAAGAUGACGCCUGUGGAUUCAGAUGAUCUCUGGUUUGCUUACAAUCUAAUACUUCCGGGAGAUUCUGUUAUGGCCGUUACUGUCAGGAAGAUAAAGGUUCGGCAAUGGAAGUUUGAAACUUAUUUGGGGUUGGCUUUCUCUAGGAAGGUAUUGAGGGAGAUGGCAUCCGGUAGUAGAGAUGCUGAGCGUGUGAAGCUCAAGUUGGAAGUCAGAGGCAUUGAGUAUGAUAAAGAAGGGGGCGUCUUACGAAUCCGGGGAAAGAAUAUCCUAGAGAAUGAACAUGUGAAGAUUGGUCAAUUCCACACUCUGGAACUUGAGCUGCAUCGGCCCUUUGUUUUGCGAAAACAAGUUUGGGAUUCAUUGGCACUGGAGGUACUCAAGCAAGCCUCAGAUCCUACAGCAAGUGCUGAUCUCGCUGUUCUUCUAAUGCAAGAAGGAUUAGCACAAAUUUUCCUAGUUGGCAGAAGUGUCACAACUUCACGUGCACGGAUAGAAACUUCAAUUCCGCGAAAGCAUGGACCUGCAAUUGCCGGUUAUGACUCGGCACUAAAUAAGUUUUUCCAGAAUGUUUUACAGGCUUUCCUGAAACAUGUUGACUUCAAUGUUGUUCGGUGUGCUGUGAUUGGAAGUCCUGGUUUUACAAAGGACCAAUUUCAUCGUUAUCUGUUGCUAGAGGCAGAGAAAAAAGAGUUGAGACCCAUUAUUGAGAAUAAAUCCAAGAUAAUCCUUGUGCAUACAUCUUCUGGAUACAAGCAUAGUUUGCGAGAAGUACUUGAUGCACCAAGUGUCAUGAAUAUUAUUAAAGAUACUAAAGCAGCAGAAGAGGUAGUUUGCCAGCAUGCCUUUUUCCGGUGGAACUCUGUAGAUCCCGAUCGAGCAUGCUAUGGGCCAAAACAUGUGGAGGUCGCUAAUGAACGCCUAGCUGUGCAAACUCUUCUCCUAACGGAUGAUCUCUUCAGGAAUGCGGACGUACCAACUAGACGGAAGUAUGUAGAUCUAGUCAAGUCAGUAAAGGGUUCUGGAGGCAAAGCUCAUAUAUUUUCCACUAUGCACUCCUCAGGAGAGCAAUUGGCACAAUUGACUGGCAUUGCUGCAAUCCUCCGGUUCCCCCUACCGGACCUUGACGACAUAGAGAUGUGACCAAUAGCCUCAUUGUACCGUUUGGUUUGAUUAUUUGCUGAUUUGUUAGCUGUAACAUCUGAAUAAAUUACUCCAGUUAACUCAGUUUUGUUCGAUCCAUGUUCAGUCUGUUCAACCAUACAUACUAACCUGUAAACAAGAGUGCUUAGCAUCACUUGGUUGUGGGCAUCUGUAUUAUAGUCUUACCUAAUUUCUCUUCUUAACUAAACUAAAUCAGUUCUUAAUUUGCCGUAUAGCUGUAUAUUUUCUUUCGAUGCUGUUCAUAGCCCGAUCAUUAAAUCGAGAAACAGUAAUAUAGGCACAAGUCUUCACUGCACCAACCAUAUACUCCUCAGAAACAAAAGCAAACAAAACCAUCUCAGAAGCAAAGCUACUACCGUUUUCCAGAACCACCAUCUGCCAUUCAAUAUAUGGGUGCCCUUUCCCUCCCAUCAGCACCUGGUCACUAGUAUCAAGAAGCAGUUUUAACCCUAUCCAUGAGCUGCAAGGACCUGCUGGGAUUCCUCCAUCAUCUUCCCACCACAGUGCCACCACCCACUGUUGCUACUUGCUACCGAACAACUCUGCCACGAGUCCCUUUUUCAGUUUCUUCUCAACCAAGCUCCCCUGUAUGAAUUCAGCAUUUAUAGAUAAGGAGCUCAACCACGAAUCCUUACUUCUCAACCAAGCUCCCCUAAUCUUAGGUGUAUGUAAUAUGAAAGUUGGGGGAUCCAGAAUUGCUGGCAACAAAAGUUCGCUCAUCUCUUCUAGGGCCCAUCUUGCUGGGCUGCAGCUAUAUAAGGAUGCACCACCAAAACUUCU